AUGACUUUCAAUGAGUGUGAAUUCUUAAAAGAGAUUCCGGAUCUUUCAAGCAUCUCAAAUUUGAAGGAAUUGAUUGUCAAAUUUUGUACAAGAUUAGUUGAGGUGCAUGAUUCUGUUGGAUCUUUGAAAAAUCUUUAUACGUUGAAUUUUCAUGGAUGCUCUGAACUCCAAAUCCUUCCAAGAAGCCUCAAUUUGAGAUCCUUACACGAGCUUCUUCUUGCUGAUUGCUCAAGCCUUCGUUAUCUUCCUGAAAUCAAGUGUAAAAUGGAAUCUUUAAUUAAAUUGGAUCUACAAGGCACUGCAAUAGAAGAACUACCUUUAUCCAUCGGGAACCUCGUUGGACUUAAGAGUUUACGACUAUGGGACUGCAAGAACCUUAUGCGUCUCCCAAUUGCUUGCAUUCAGUUGCAAAAUUUAUGGCUCCUCGAGAUUGGUGGUUGUCCAAAACUUGUAAAGAAGAUGAGGGAUGAUGGGCCAUCCCUUCUAGCUAUUGAGUCUACAAAAAUGGAAGAGGAGAUAUCAUUACCUGAAGAACAACUCCAUGAAUUGGCGCCUCCAACGAAUUCAAGCAAUGAGAGCACUGAAUUACAAUUGUUGAAUCUUCAAAGUUGUUUCCAAUCAGAAACAAAUUUCUUUCCAAUAUCUAGUUUCUUUACCAUGUUUAACUCCUCCGCCAGUUUGAGUCAUUUAGAUCUAUGGGGGACUGAAAUUGUUAGCCUUCCCACGAACAUCAAAGAAUUCAUUGCACUAACUCAUCUUUUCUUGGAAUGUGAGAAACUUGAAGAAAUACUAGAGCUUCCCCCAAAUAUACGACGCGUAGAUGUUAGUGGAUGCAAGUCAUUACAGAGAUUUUCAGAAGUAUCAAAAAUAUUGGAAUUCAAUGGAAGCCACAUCAGAUCGCUACAAAGAAUUACAUUGACCGGCUGCGACAAAAUGCAUGAGAAUAUAUGGAAUGAUAAAGUGCAAAUUCCAUUAUUGUGGAAGGGAGUCUAUGAAUAUGAUGCUACUUUGUUUCCAGAAAAUCAGAUUCCAGAGUGGUUGAAUUAUAUUCAUGAGUUUUUAAAAGAUAAUGAUGGCAGAUCGAGGGGAGAAGAAGAGUGGGUAAUAGAUAUUGAGGGGCCACACUAUUUGGAGGAGAUAAGCGGAAUUGUAUUAUAUCUCGUAAUUGUAUUUGGAGGAGAUAUUGACAUUUUUAAUGAUGCUUCAAGCUGGAAUGGUGGUAUUGGUGAUGCUAAGAUAACCAGUAAAAGCUCAAAUCAUAUCAAUGGAAAAUUAUACUGGAUAUUUUGUAUGGGUGGGGUACUCCAAUUUACAAUCUUUUGA